AUGACUGUCGAAAUCCCUCCACUAAAGAUAUCCAAAGGGAGCGAGAAUGAAAAAGAUAUCAAGGGUGUUUCUCUGGCGAACGAAGAAGCACCGCCAUCAUACACAGAGCAGGAGCUGCCAGUCGAAGAUGAGCAAUUUAUCAUCGAGAUCCCACCCCUCACAUUUCCCGAUCCAGGUCUCGUAGUUGAGAAGGAUCGAUGUAUCCUUCAUCUCAAACUACUUGCGGCCCUAGCCGACUUGCGAGAAACGAUCUCUACUAUUGAUGGACUAUUCGGGAUUCACGACUCGCAGGCCGACAAGUUUGGAGACGAAACGUCAAAGACCAAAGCUCUGAUUCGUAUUAGGGAGAAGCGUUGGGCUGUUUAUACGGCCAGAGCAGUGGAUCGUUAUGCGGACUGGUGGAAAAAUUGCGUGCCAGUGUCCGAAACGUCUCCUACAGUGUCUAUGAUGCGAUCAAGUGGAUAUGUCGCCCUUACAAGUUCGACUCCGAUAUCUUGGACGGCAAAAAAUCUGCCGCCGCUUGAUGUACUCAUGGUCUGGCAUGCUCACAUGCUAAAUCCCCGAACCUAUCUAGAGGACUGUCUCCGAGGGGGCAAAAUGAGUUUCUGGGCUACUGAUUUCCCCUGGUCCUUGGUCGAUGCGGCUAUUGACAAUAAAAAUCUUGACUACAACCCUGGCGAUGAAGCAAUAAAGCACUUCACAGUAGACACCAAACGUCUCUGGGAGAAUAUCAAUGAGCCUGACGAGAAAGAACUUACAUGUCUUUCGUGCUCGAGCUCAUUCAAAGUCCCUUGGACAACAGGACAGCUAGGAAAUACGCCUGAUUCCCCAUUCUCUUUUUGUACAGGCUACGCCGACAGUGGGUUUGUGGCUUAUUGCGAGGCUCCGCUUUGCAGGUUCAAACAUGACCAUCAGGUUCUGAGAGUCGCUCGAUUCAACAAAGAUGUUGGGGACCUGCUGAAGAACAGUUAUCCCUUACCCGGAACCUACCUCAACCUUCAGGGUAUACCAGUAUCCGGCAAAAAUGUCGGCACAAAUGCCGACCCAAACAUGUUCCCCAAUCUUCUGAUCCACGCCAACAAGGAUAUGGUCUACGAAGCCACUCGACCCAACGGGGUUGUAAACGACAUGCUCAGCGUACGCAAAAUGAUUGAAACCCUACUGGCCAACCACAGACUGGUAGCAAGCAUCAAUGGGCGUAAUGGUCUUCGACCAAGACGGGAGCAAAAAAUCGCCAUUCGACGCAUGAUGUCUCACUACUGGGAGAACAGCUCCAUAUUCGGCCUCGAUCUUGUCGGAGCAGUGAUUCGUCAGGGGACAUUCAUUCAAAAAAUGGAUAAUCUCGACUGGAUCCAUUCACCCGCUGUGGCAGCGACAAUGGAUCGAUUGAUUCACAAAUACGGCAUAUUCUUUGAAAUCAUGAGCACGAACCCGAAUCAAAUGGCCGUUCCCACUUUGGAUGUCGAUCUAGCGUGGCAUACGCAUCAGAUGUCUCCAGGUCGAUACUUUGCUUAUUCGGUUUCACGGACAUCGGCAUUUCGACCCGCAUCCCCGACUUUCAUUGACCAUGACGAUAAAGUUGACGAAGGCAAACUCUCCGAUGCGUUUGAAUGGACUUCGAAAAGGUACAAGGAAGCUACAAACGGCGAGUUGUAUAGUGAAUGUACAUGUUGGUACUGCGAAGCCACGCGGGAAUCAUACCUUUACCGUGGUCUAUCAAUCGCAACGUCAUCAUCGACGAGGCGUGCGCGUACCCUCGCUGAAAACCUUCACGAUGAUCCACGCAUCUCAUCCGAACCGGAUAAAAAUCCACACAUCUCCGCGCACAACGCCGUGCGUGGCUCACAGAUCGAUUCCACGGCAGCAGCAAAUUAUAAGACCCUGCGCCUGCGACAAAUGUGGGAUAAAUCUCAUCGUCGGGCCUUGAAACGACAACAGAAACAAGACGCCAGAGACGGAAAUACUGAUAAUGGUAAGAAACGAUCAGCAGAUAAUGCACCUGUUGAUCCGUACUAUCCACUUGUGUAUGGUUAUCCGUUCUACAUGCCGUUCUAUGCGCCGUAUAUGGCGGAUCCGUGUAUUGACGGUGCUGCGUAUCCGUGCAAUCCUGCUUGUAUGAAUGCUUCUGUUGGGGCGUAUGGGAAUUGUGCGGCGGGGACGUGUGGUAGUUCUGUUGCGGCUGGAGCUUGUGCUGGUGCUGGCGGGGGUGGUUGUGGUGGUAGUGCCUGUGGAGGAGGAGGAGGAGGUGGCGGUGGAUGCGGUGGAGGAGGCGGUGGUGGUUGCGGAGGAGGUGGUGGAGGUUGUUAA